AUGUCUUCCGAUAUCGUUGCCGCAAAGGAUAUCCCAACCAUCAGUCAACUUUAUCGAUCUAAAGAGCUGCGUGCCAUAGCCAAUCCGGUGGUUUCAACUCCAAAUCAAAAACUCAACGACAAAGUCUGCACCAUCCAAGAAGACAUUACCAUCCUUGAGGUGGACGUAAUUGUCAAUGCGGCAAACCGCAGUCUUCUUGGAGGAGGUGGUGUCGAUGGGGCGAUUCACCGAGCGGCAGGUCCAAAGCUCCUGAAGGAAUGUAGAACACUAGAUGGGUGUCCUACUGGAGGUGCCAAAAUCACUGAUGCUUACGAUUUGCCUUCCAAGAAGAUCGCUCACGCUGUCGGUCCCAUUUUCGACAGCCAGGCAAAGUCAGAGCCUCGCCUUCGAUCAUGUUACCGCAAAGCACUUGAGCUCGCAGUCGAGCACAACCUAAAGUCGAUUGCCUUUCCUGCCAUCUCAACCGGUGUCUAUGGCUACCCGAGCCUCGCUGCUGCUCGCGCGGCCACGGACGAAGUCCAACAGUUUUUGUCAGAGCCUGAAGGCGACUCCCUGGACAAGGUCAUCUUCUGCAACUUUCUAGACAAAGAUGUUGAAGCAUACGCUCGGCAUAUCCCUUCCUUCUUCCCGCCAACCAAGGAAGACCUGGGCUCAGAAGACUCAUCCGAAACCGCUUAA